GGACGGGACGGGGCUCGGAGGGCUGCUCGCGCUCAGGUGCAAAGAUGGGGUGCUUCACCUUUAUCAAGGUUAUCAUGAUCCUCUUCAACCUGGCCAUCUUCCUUGGUGGCGGGGCCCUCCUGGGAGUUGGCAUCUGGGUCUCCAGAGACUCAGACUCGUUUGUGGAUAUAUUUGGGCCAGUCUCCUCUAGUGUCCUGCAGGUUGUGAAUGUGAGCUACUUCCUCAUUGUCAUUGGAGCCAUCCUGCUGGUCAUCGGCUUCCUCGGGUGCUGCGGUGCCCAGAAGGAAAGCAAGUGCCUCCUGAUGAUGUUCUUCUCAGUGGUGCUGAUCAUCUUCAUUGCUGAAGUUGCUGCUGCUGUCGUGGCUCUGGUCUACACCAGUCUUGCAGGGACGCUGCUGACAGCCACAGUGACCCCAGCCUUGAGGGACAAGUAUGGGGAGGACAAUGGUUUCACAAAGAUCUGGAAUCUCACCAUGAACGAGCUCAAAUGCUGUGGCCUGAACAACUACACAGACUUCAACAACUCCUAUUGGCUUGAGGAGCAUGGCACCUACCCAGAUUACUGCUGUAGGGACAGGAUUCCCUGCACCAGCACGGUCGCUGCACAAUCGAAUGUCACGGGUUGUUUCCAGCAGAUCCUGACAGAAAUCAAGACCAACGGGGGAGUGGUGGGCGGUGUGGCAGCCGGCAUCGCUGCCUUGGAGAUCGCAGCCAUGGCGGUCUCCAUGUACCUGUACUGCCACCUGGAUAAGAAAUGACCCCCCCUGAAGCAGGAGGAUGAUCUGUGUGUCCCCCCCUCCACGCUGGGCCGUGCUCGUGGCUGGGCCGUGCUCGUGGGGGGACCCCAUCGCUCCCUGGGCCUGAUGCUGUCCUGUGCACUGUGAUUUAUAGCUGUGUGUUGGUCUACUGAGCUGGGAUCUGUAGAGUUUGAGUAUAUUUUUGUACUGAUAAGGCACACUGAGUCUGUACAUAGAGAUUUGGGGAUGGGGGUGGGGGUGUGGAGGGAUGUGUUGAGGGGGAAGCUGCUCCAUCUGUUUGGCUGAUGCCAGUGGGAGAUGAAGCAGCACAGGGGGGCUGGUCAGGGCUGCUGAUCCAGCAGCAGCACAGCUACAUCUUGAUUAAACCUUUGCAGGCAUGUCCUGCCCCUCUCCCACAGUGUCCCUGUGUGGGGCUGGCCUGUGCCUCCCUGCAUCUCCCCAUUGAACUGGGGCCAGGUGGUAACCACUCCUCACAGGGGGAUGUAUCCACUCCAUCUCCUAUCAUCGUGUUGUCCCCUACAAGAGGCGCUGGCUGGUCUCUACCCCUGCCUUGGCAUGAAGACAGCCCUGUGGGUCCCCUACCCCCUGACAUUUCAUGUCUGAGCCCCUCUCCAUGUAAAUUAAAACCAAUAAAUUUUUCAUCUUGGAUACAAA